GAUAUAGUGAAUGCGGGGUCUGGGGAGACCAGAUAUAGUGAAUGCAGGGUCCAGUCAGAGCAGAUAUAGUGAAUGCGGGGUCCGGGGAGACCAGAUAUAGUGUGAAUGCGGGGUCCAGGGAGACCAGAUAUAGUGAAUGCAGGGUCCAGGAGACCAGAUAUAGUGAAUGCAGGGUCCAGUCAGAGCGGAUAUAGUGAAUGCGGGGUCCGGGGAGAGCGGAUAUAGUGAAUGCGGGGUCCGGGGAGAGCGGAUAUAGUGAAUGCGGGGUCCGGGGAGAGCGGAUAUAGUGAAUGCGGGGUCCGGGG